CCAAAUUUGCUGGCACUCUGAGAUCAUUGAAGAGCUGCAGCACAAACUCUCUCUCUCUCUCUCUCUCUCUCUCUACAAACAAACACACAUGUACAGAGCACAAAUACAGAACUUUCCCAGUCUCUCUGUAAACAAAUAGAGUUACUAAAAUGGUAAUACAAGUACCAGUUCGUUUUGUUCUGAUUUUCAGUCAUUAUAUGAUACUUGGAAUUUCACAAGCCCAACUACAAGUUGGUUUCUACGGGAACGCAUGCCCUGACGCAGAGUCCAUUAUAACUUCCGUAGUUCGUGACGCUUCUCUCUCUAACUCCAACACCGCCGCAGUCUUGCUUCGGCUCCACUUCCAUGACUGCUUUGUUCAGGGGUGUGACGGGUCGAUACUGAUAGAUCAGAGUGGCGCAGAAAGACAUGCAUUUGGGCACCAAGGGGUUGGGGGAUUUGAAGUGAUAGAGAAAGCUAAAGCACGGUUGGAAGGAGUGUGCCCUGGUGUGGUUUCUUGUGCUGACAUUGUUGCCUUGGCUGCUAGAGAUGCCAUUGUCUUGGCUAAUGGACCGGGUUACCAAGUUCCGACCGGGCGUAGAGAUGGGCUAGUUUCAAAUGUGUCAAUGGCAGACAAUAUGCCGGAUGUGAAGGAUUCAAUUCAGCAACUCAAAGCCAAGUUUUUUGACAAGGGGCUCUCGGAGAAAGACCUUGUGGUUCUUAACGCUGCACAUACUAUUGGCACCACAGCAUGCUUCUUCAUGACCCAAAGGCUGUACAAUUUCUUUCCUGGAGGGGGUUCGGAUCCGGCCAUAAACCCCAAUUUUCUCCCGGAGUUAAAAUCUCAGUGCCCUCAAAACGGAGACAUUAAUGUCCGGAUACCGAUUGACCGCGGCAGUGGCCAGAAGUUCGACAACCAAAUUUUGCAAAACAUUCGCAACGGCUUUGCGGUGUUGGCAUCCGACGCAAGGCUCUACGAAGACGAGGGAACCAAGUCUGUUGUGGACUCGUAUUUCGGUGUCUUAGCACCGAUAUUUGGACCAGUUUUCGAGACAGAUUUUGUCAAUUCGAUGGUGAGAAUGGGCCAAAUUGGUGUGAUAACAGGAUUUGAAGGGGAGAUUAGACGUGUAUGUACAGCUUUCAAUUGAACAUCUUGUUUGUACAGCUUUCAAUUGUUGUGAUAACAUGAUGUCUUCUUUUUCUUCAUAGUCAGUUUACUUUGAUGUAAUGUAUUAGUCUGUGGUGAGCGCAAGCUGACCCAGAACAUCGUGUAUUAUCAGAAAAAUAAAUAAAUGUAUGAGCCAUUGGGUGAAGGCAGUGGAUUUAGAUUUCUAGUC